CUCGGCUCUGCAUCUUUCACAUGUAAUCCGGCGUUGUGCCGCGCGCUCUCGGCGUAUCAGGGGCCAUCCAUAUUUCUCCGGCAUCUAAUUUUUUUUUUUUUCCACUAGAGGAGUGAUAUAGCCUGCUCUGACGUCUGCAUCAGAUAUUACCCACUGCUUUUUCAAUGUGCAUUUUCCCCCCAGUGACUUUGCACUGAUCUACAUCAUCAGCAGCAGCAACGGGAGGGGAAAAAAAGAGGAAAAACUGGAAUGUAGAGUUAAUUUUUCUUUUCCUUUUUUAAGAGAAAGAAAGAAAAAAAAAAAGCUCCCAUAAACAGCCGACCAGCAUUUCCAGCUGAAACAAAUAUCUUUUAACAGCAUCACGUUGUGGAAUAGACUGGCACCAGAGCAUCGCUGGAACCAUGCCUCUUCUGCAGCUUUGGACUGGGAAAUUUCAUCCACCAAUUUGAUCGUCGGGAGGCUGCUGCUCAGUCAUUCAUGCCAGUGUUUGUCAUCACUUUUAAAAGUAUUGUGCAUGCUGGUUUUUUUGAGCAAGAUGUCUUAUCUUCUGCUUUUGGUCGAGGGGCUCUGUGACCUGCACGGAUUUCCAUAGCUGGGGGAAAACAGCGGGGGCCAAAUACCAGAUUUUUAAAAUCGAGAAGCCCUUCAUAAUGAAGACGUCUCUUGCGUAGAUGUAGACUAGUUUAUUCGACAUUUUUACAAGGCAAAUUUGUUUUGGAUUGGCAGCUUUUACUUUAUUUUUGCAUUUUUUUCCGGGGGGGAGAGCUACUGGACUGGUUGGAUUAUAGGAACUAUAAAUAAGGAUUUGUGGAGAUGUUGGGUCGUCAAGAAGAUAAAUUAUGUGGAAUUUUCUCUGCUCUGGCGGCUUUGUCCUUCCUAUGCUUUGCUCAAAGCUCCUCUACUGGAAGCAGCGGAAUGUCUGUGGCCAAGACUACCGUGGACAAGUUGCUGAAGGGAUAUGACAUCCGCUUACGGCCCGAUUUCGGAGGUCUUCCAGUCAUCGUAGGAAUGAGCAUCAACAUAGCCAGUAUCGACUCUAUCUCAGAAGUAAACAUGGACUACACCAUCACGAUGUAUUUCCAGCAGAGCUGGCGAGAUAAGCGUUUGGCCUAUGGUGAGCUGAACCUGAACCUGACGCUGGACAACCGUGUAGCAGACCAGCUUUGGCUCCCUGACACCUACUUCCUUAAUGACAAGAAGUCCUUUCUUCAUGGCGUGACAGUCAAGAACCGCAUGAUCCGACUGCACCCUGAUGGUACCGUCUUAUAUGGGCUGAGAAUAACAACUACUGCUGCUUGCAUGAUGGACUUAAGGAGGUACCCUCUUGAUGAACAGAACUGCACCCUGGAGAUUGAAAGCUAUGGAUACACCACGGAUGACAUUGUAUUCUUCUGGCAAGGAGGAGACAACGCUGUGACAGGCGUUGACAAGUUAGAGUUACCUCAGUUCUCCAUCGUGGAACUCCGCUUGGUGUCCAGGGAGGUCAGAUUUACAACAGGUUCAUAUCCGAGGCUUUCGCUGAGUUUCAGGAUUAAGAGGAACAUUGGCUAUUUCAUCUUGCAGACAUAUAUGCCCUCCAUCUUGAUCACCAUCCUCUCCUGGGUUUCCUUCUGGAUCAAUUAUGAUGCCUCUGCAGCUCGGGUAGCCCUUGGUGUGACAACGGUGCUCACCAUGACCACAAUUAACACCCACCUUAGGGAGACUCUCCCAAAGAUUCCGUAUGUGAAAGCCAUCGACGUCUACCUCAUGGGCUGUUUUGUGUUUGUGUUCCUGGCCCUGCUUGAAUAUGCCUUUGUAAAUUACGUGUUCUUUGGCCGGGGCCCUGCUCAGCAGAAGAAAAUCAAUGAGAGGCUGAACAAAGUCAACAACGAGCGCACGAGAUACGAAGAGAAGCGCCUGAGGGAGCAGGACUCCAUUUCCGUGCCGUUUCAAACCAACACCUUCAGGUCAUUUACGCAACGAAGAAAUCUGUAUCUCGAGGAACAAAGAAAAGUUGGGGUGGAUGCAUAUGGAAACAUCCUCCUCACACCGCUGGACAUGAACAAUGAGGUGAUGCCUUCUGAUGUGGGGAGCAGCGUCAGUGACUCUCGGAACUCCGUCAUGUCCUUCGACAGCUCCGGGGUCCAAUUCAGGAAGCCCCUGGCACCCCGAGAUGGCUACAGCCACCACUCGCUGGACCGGAGCGCUAUGCGGAGCCGGGCCAACUGUCGGCUACGACGACGCUCCUCAAAGCUCAAGUUGAAAAUCCCAAACCUCUCAGAUGUUAGCACCAUUGACAAGUGGUCCCGGGUCAUUUUCCCUAUCACCUUUGGAUUUUUCAACCUAAUCUACUGGUUGUACUAUGUGAAUUGAUGUGCAUCCCACUAGGAAUCAUGGGCCAUAUUUUGAGAGCACAUUAAAUUGGCUUUGAUACAGUUCCAAAAUAUGUAUACACAUAUACAAGUUGAACAUAUGUAUAUGCAUAUUUCUAUAUAUUAUAUUUAUAUAUACACGUGUGAAAUCUGAAGGACCUUUCUGCUGUACAAAGUAUUACUAGGAUGACUUGAAUGUUUAAGAAUACUUGUGCGAGAAGAAUUUCAAGGCUUUGAGUUUCUUUUUCCUCCUGAAACAAACAGACAAACGUGAAAUCCCGCCAGGGGUUUUUGGAACUAAAGACUGCAUGAUAUUUUUGCUACAAAAAAGAAAUAAAAGAAAAAAGGAAAAAAACGAGGGGAAAAAAAGAGAAGGUGAAAGCUCGUACGAGAGAAAAGAUGUCUCAGAGUUCCCAUUGACUUUUUAUUGAUACUUAUCGUACUCAAAAGUUCCUCUUCUGCAGCUCAUGAAGUCAGUGGUGGCUUGUCUGUUCAGACAUCAGCUGAGUGGGAUCCUUGGCAACCCCCCCACCCCCCACCCUCACCCCUGCUGUCCGCACCUAUCUCCCACACCUACACCAACCUGCAUCCCCACGCCCGCCCCCCCCCCCACCGCCAUUACCCAUGGAUAACAUGCACGGACAUCUCCGGUUCUACUAUGUACAGCAACCUUGUUUGGAUUCUGUGUUGUUCCUUGGGUUUUUUGAAGUGAUAUUGUUCUCUUUAUCAGACAUCUGCUCUGGCUUAAUGGUCUCCAUUGGAGGGCCGCGUGGAUGGGAUGUUUGACCGCUGCACUCCCGCCCAGAGCCGACGCAAACUUGUAGUUUUAUUUCUCUUUCUCAUGUUAUUUUUUUUAGAAAAACAUCCUGGGGAGGUGGUGUUUUUUUUUCUUUUUCUUUCUUUCUUUCUUUCUUCUAUUUUUUUUUAUUUAUACCAUGGUUAAAAACAAGUACUGAUUAUUGUAGAUAUGAUUUUGUCUUGAAAAAUACUGUGAUUUCAGAGAGUGUCAGAACGUGUUCUAGAGCUAGGGCAUUACGAGAUAAAAGAGUAAAAGGUAUGCAUUUCUCAUUUUGAUUGUUUAAAAAAAAAAGGAAAAAAAAGAAAUACAUAUUCUGUACAUUUUAUCAUUCAGUAUUCUCAUGAAAGUUUACUCGUGCUGUUUCUUUCCCCCUGAUGGUUGGUUCACUUUAGAUGCAGAGUCCAUUGACGUCAUAUCCUGCUUUGUGUUUUGCUAAACAGAAAUGGGGGAGGGGCCGCCUUUGUUGUUCGUUUGGGAUGAUUGCUCGGUGAGGACGCAAGAACAUGUAUAUUCAAAAAAAGAUGCACCCACAGUUUGACCAGUUGUCAUUCAAUAUACAGUAUUUCUUUGUUUGUUAAGCAUUUCUUCUGUGUCGGAGUUAGAGCGUCUGAAGGCAAGAUGAGUAGAUUGGGUUGGUGUCGAACAGGCGAGGAAGGGUGCAAACAUCUCAAAACUGUUCCCUGAAGAUCAGAAAAGGCUUCCUGAUCAGGAGUCAGUGAUUCUUCUGGAAUAAUCGUUUGAAAAAUAGCCAUGAAUUGAAUGAAAUCACAACCAAAUGCCUAUAACGCAUCUGCAUUAUCGUUUUGCUCUCAUCUACUUCAUAAACACACACAUAGCAUUUUCAUUGCUCUAGUUAAUUUGCAGAGGUGGCACAAAAUUGACAAAAUCUGACUUCGUAAUUGUGAUUAAUCAAGUAUGGGUUAAACUUAGCUGGUUUAACCCACUCAGCCCCUCUCAGAUGACCGAGGCAGAUGUACAUUGCAGAAGAGAUGGAAAGAAGAAGGGAAGAAAAAAAAGCGUUGGUUUUGCUUCAGCUGAAGUGCACUUUAGCAUCCUCCUCAGUGUCACCUACAGUAUAAUUCAGGUGCAGACAAAGAGCGAAAAUCCUCACAACAAAAUUGCCAUUGUGCGCAACCCGGCCCCUGAGAAACAUAAAGAGAGAGAGAAGGCAGGGAAAUUGCUCUGUACACAAACAUGGAGGAGCUAGAAGAAGAUGGAAGAGCUGCAAAGUAAUGAAAUGAGGAUCAGAGAAGCAGAAGUAUCCAUCUAUCAACAGAAAUACCCCCUCUCCUCCGGAGCUCGGGGUGUAGCAUAACAUGUCUUUAAAAAGGAAUACUGAUCAGAAACUAAGGUGCCUCACCAAGUCAUUGUUAAAUGUACAGUUUUGUGGCCUGAGCUGUGAUUUGAGUUUUGUUUAAAUUUUACAAGGUGUCAUAUUUUAUACUAGCAAAAAAAAAAGAACAAAAAAAAAAGACAAAGAUCAUCUCAAUAUUUCUUCUGAUCCAAAUAGGACGUUUUUAAAGCGGCCAUAUUAUGCUAAUUUCUAGCCGUAUGAUUUUAAUCUUUGGUGCCUCUAGAGUUGCUCUGCACUCGUCACAACUCCAAAAGGACGUGUUUUUUCUCAGAGCGACACAAAUUGACUAUUAGAGAUGCCUUUUCUGAAUAAACAAAGAGAUUCUGUCACAGCUGUUCAGUUUAGUCUGGCCAGGCUAAAUGAAAUAGCUCCGAGACCCCUCUCAUUUCCACUGGUACAGAACGUAUUAUACCAAUCGCAACAGGCCGGGGGCGGGCCGAUGUGAUGACUCCUACAGGAGUAUCAAGGAGCCACGGUUUGAAACAACCCAGACCUCUGCAAAAGUGCCACCAACACCUUGGAUCAACAAGUGUAUACAGCAGAACUGUAGUCAUUGCAGUACAGUCAUUCUCCAGCAUUCCAAAAUGUGUUGAUACGAGUCUUGUUGUCGCUCAGCUUGCAUCACAUGCUUUGCAGUCCUGGUGCUGCCCCCUUCGAAUCAAAUCAGAAAUAAAAGAAAUUCGGCUGGCCAGCCAGACUGCCGUUGGUGGAAUUCCUGCAGGAACGUGCUGCAUGGAGAGCAUGACCUACGUUACGCACACCUACUUUUUUGAGGCUCCAGUUACAGUACCUAUGAGAAGAUAAUUCAUUCUUUUCACCUCGUAUAUAAGUCAGGAAACACAGAAAAAGCGUAAUAUGGCCCCUUUAAAGUGGUGAGAGCCAAAGUGGAGCUGAAUUCUUCCUGCUGUAGCUGACAAGUAGGUCGUUUCGGUCAUCUGAGAGUCCACGCAUCACCAAAAUGUGAGGACGAUGUGUAAUUAUGACUUAAAAUAAAUCAUAUUUGACCUUUUCCAAAGCGGGUUCAAUUUUUAAUGUGAAGAAUACAUAUGUAGCAUUGUACUGCUGCUGCAGGCAGAAAGACUGUUGAGUUCAUGGUUUUACAAUGGCAAUGAGUUAAGACCGAAAUUAAUUUGGAAAAAAGAAAGACAACAGUUUUUGACAGCUAAAGAAUUACAAAGCCUGUAUCCUAUUUUCAGAGACGUUACAUAUUUAGCACCGGAGUCCAAUAACACGGCUGGACUCCCGGUGGAGAGUUUGCUGCCAAGAAAAGGAGAAGAAAAAAAAGGAAAAAGGAAAGAAAGCAGACAUCCUUUUAUUCAUUUCACGUCUGGCAUUCUGGCGCCUACGCUACCCUGCAGUAACACUCGACCAAAUGACAUCACCUGGGACACAAAAGCUUUAUCUGGCUUCUUUCACAUAUGCAGUAGUUCUCCCCGACACCUGCGAACUGACUUCAAUGAUGCCGUUCCCCUUUAACUCAUUUUAGAUAUCCCUGUGACACGUAUGCUGCAAUUCUAACUUCUGAUUACAGAAGUCUUUCUCAUGUGAGAUGUGCAAAUGACGUCAUUAAUAGAUGUGAAUCUCUUUAUGCCGGUUGGUUGUUGCAAUCAGAUGAAGCGUGGAAGGCGAUUGUAUUUCCAGAGUAUUGAUUACUCCAUGAAUGGUAUAAUAUAGAAGAUGUUAGAUGUUGGAUAGAAGUCUCUGAGUUAGGGGCAUUAAUAAUGUGCACAUUUACAUUUAUGUUGCAAAUGUUUGUUGUUUUUGUUUUGUUUUUUUAUUUUAAUUAAUGGCAAUUAUUCCAAAUUUAUACAGAUGAUACAGUUUACUCUUUUUUUUUAAAUUUGCUUCUUUUUUUCACCCUUCUCACAAACAGCUUGUCAAACUGUUCAAACGGAAUAUGAUGGAUCUUUAAAAAGAGUUCAGUCAGAUUAUGAGGCCAGAGAAAUCUAUUUCCUACAAGAACAUUUAUGUUGUUUGGCUGAAAAGAAAAAAAAAAUCUGCCUACUCUGUUGUCUCAGUGAGAUGCACGUACCGUAUACAUUUUAUAAUGUACACUAACUCAAGUAUCAAAUUCUCCUUCAGGUUGUUUUAAUCCCAGAAACGACAUACAAACAUGCUUAUUCAGGUAUUAUUCUCUUUUGAUUGGAAGAUGCUUACGUUAAAUGAACUCCAGACUCCAAGACAUAAGGAGGAGAAUCAUUGGCAGCCCUUGCAUGCUCACGGUAAAUAUACCCACUACUAAUUUCCUGCUUUCUGAACAUGAAAUCAGCACAUCCAUCCCAAAAAGCUGUGAGGACCUUCUGUUUGAAGCUUUUUUUCUUUAGGAUAUUUGCUUAUACGAGAGAGAAGGGAUACAUUUCUUUUGGCGCAUAUGUUUCAAGGAGUUGAGAAGGAAGGGAAAAAAGAUGUUGAACUGAUUUCAAUGUGAAUUUUCUUGCCUCUAGUGUAUAUGUGUAAUUACAUGUGAAUUGUACUGUAAAUAUGAUAUCUUUCACUUAAUAGUUCUUAAUGCAUGAACAAAAACAUGGCAGUUCGUAAUACCAGCUAGCCUCACUGCUAAUGGCAUGGACAGCUUUUCUAGCAUUGGCAUACUUCUGCAAACGAAACCUAAAAAUGAAACACAGGAAAUACACGGUGUGAACAAAAUAAUGGAGAAAUCAACUCAAAGUCUUCUCACAGUGACGGGGUUUUCUGGUGGCUCUGAGUUUUUCGUCGGUUCCCCUGUUCCCCCAGGAUGACAGCUAAUGCUAAUGCUGUCAGAGAUGCCUGGAAAUUCCAAUAUGUCUUGUUGUAAUCUCAGCAUUGUGGUUGAGCUUCCCCUUAAUUAUCUCUCUGAUCUGGCCUCCGGCUUUUUUACUGGAGAUUUCAGCACAGUACGCCCUCUGCUCUUACCUCAGAUGUCGAUAAAUCACUCAGUCAUCCUCCAGUUUACUCAGAAUAAAACGGACAGGAUCGACUGGCUUCGAGAAAAUGUGAAGGGACGUCACACGAGUAGCAACAUUUCUUAGGGACUAGUCUGGUUAACUAGAUUUAGCCUAGUUAACUAGUACCAAACAUCUCUGGUUAAAACAUCAUUAAAAAUAUCAAAUAUGAUGAAAAACAUUUGAGGUGGGUACUUCUUACCAGCACAAAUUAAAUCGACCUGCCAGGGAAUUAGAUAAACACUACAGGCUGUGGUCUAAAUGGCUUACUUUUGUGACUACACUCAAAUAUAUUACUACGUUCAUAGCAGAUGAGUAAUGCAGGUGAUGAAGGCGAACGUUCCCACCAUGCUACCCCCAAGAUGUCAAUUUCCCAACAAAUUUUCCCGUGUCAUCUAAGACAGACCAGCGUCCCGCCACUUUCGCUACGUCAUCGAUAACGUCACCAUGCUAAUUAUAGCACAUCAUAUCAAGAUGCUGUCAAUAGGACAUGUUGAUAUAAUGUUAACCAAGAAUUGCCAUAAUCUUGGAAUUUAUUUCACGUUGACUAUCAAGGGACUGAGACAUGCUUUCAGAAGCCAGUGUUACCUUUAGUCUUACUUCUAAAACAUGCUUUAUGCCUCUACGUUGAACCGACAAUGGCCCAGU